AUGUAUCUUGAUUGUCGCCAUUUUUCUUUCUUUUUUGCUUGCUUUUGUCUUUCCUUCUCCUUUCUCUUUCCUUUCUUUUUUCUUUUUCCUUCUUUCUUUCUUUUUCCUUCUUUCUUUCUUUUUUCUUCUUUCUUUUUUCUUUUUUCUUCUUUCUUUUUUCUCCUUUCUUUCUUUUUUCUCCUUUCUUUCUUUUUUCUCCUUUCUUUCUUUUUUCUCCUUUCUUUCUUUUUUCUCCUUUCUUUCUUUUUUCUCCUUUCUUUUUUUUUUCCUUUUUUCCUUUCUUUCUUUUUCCUUCUUUCUUUCUUUCUUUUUCCUUCUUUCUUUCUUUCUUUCUUUUUCCUUCUUUCUUUCUUUCUUUCUUUUUCCUUCUUUCUUUCUUUCUUUCUUUUUCCUUCUUUCUUUCUUUCUUUUCCUUCUUUCUUUCUUUCUUUCUUUCUUUCUUUCUUUCUUUCUUUCUUUCUUUCUUUUUCCUUCUUUCUUUCUUUCUUUCUUUUUCCUUCUUUCUUUCUUUCUUUCUUUUUCCUUCUUUCUUUCUUUCUUUGCCUUUUUACCUUUUCAACUUCUUGGUAUUUUACUGACUUGUCACCUGAAGGCGACAGCUAUCGACAACUUUUUGAGCGCCAGGUUCAACUCACAUUUAUUAGCUCUCUUAAGCCUCGUUCAAUCAUCGGUCAACUUUUCUACUUGUUAAAAUCCACUACCUUUUCUUUUUUCUUUUUUUUCAUUUUAGCAGCCUCUUUUACUAUAUCUCUCCUCAUUUGUCUCCGUUUUCUUUUCUCAUUAACUUCAACUAAAGUGUCAGUUUACCGCAAACUCUCUUUACACAUUCAUUCACUGUCAUUCAUUUAUUCUUUCUCCUUCAAUAUGGCAUUUUCUUCGCAUAGAUCUUAUUUUCGAUUUCCUUCAUUCUUUCUUCUUUCCUUUUUACUUCAAGAUGGAAACUUUGAGCUUUUGUUCAUUUUUCCUCAUCGUUUUUCUUUCUGCUUUUUAAAAUCUCACUUUUUUCUUUCUCUUUUGCUUUUUUCUACAUUUCUUAAUUUCAUUCAUUCAAAUUUCUUUCUUUUUUUUUUGUUAAUUUCCCAUUUGUUUCUCACUCUCUCUCUCUUUUUAUUCCUUUGUUUUUCUUUUUCUUUUCAUUCCUUUCUAUUUUUCUCUCUCUCUCUUUUCAUUCCUAUUUUUGUCUCUGCCUCUUUUCAUUCCUUUCUAUUUUUGUCUUUCUCUCUUUUCAUUCCUUUCUAUUUUUGUCUCUCUCUCUCUCUCUUCAUUCCUUUCUAUUUUUCUCUCUCUCUCUCUCUUCAUUCCUUUCUAUUUUUCUCUCUCUCUCUCUCUCUUCAUUCCUUUCUAUUUUUCUCUCUCUCUCUCUCUUCAUUCCUUUCUAUUUUUCUCUCUCUCUCUCUCUCUCUUCUUCCUUUCUAUUUUCUCUCUCUCUCUUCAUUCCUUUCUAUUUUCUCUCUCUCUCUUCAUUCCUUUCUUUUUUUUCUCUCUCUCUCUCUCUUCAUUCCCUUUCUAUUUUCUCUCUCUCUCUCUCUUCAUUCCUUUCUAUUUUUCUCUCUCUCUCUUUUCCUUUCUAUUUUCUCUCUCUCUCUUCUUCAUUCCUUUCUAUUUUCUCUCUCUCUCUCUUCAUUCCUUUCUAUUUUUCUCUCUCUCUCUCUUCAUUCCUUUCUAUUUUUCUCUCUCUCUCUCUUCAUUCCUUUCUAUUUUUCUCUCUCUCUCUCUUCAUUCCUUUCUAUUUUUCUCUCUCUCUCUCUCUUCAUUCCUUUCUAUUUUUCUCUCUCUCUCUCUCUUCAUUCCUUUUCUAUUUUCUCUCUCUCUCUCUUCAUUCCUUUCUUUUUUCUCUCUCUCUCUCUUCAUUCCUUUCUAUUUUCUCUCUCUCUCUUCAUUCCUUUCUAUUUUUGUCUCUCUCUCUCUUCAUUCCUUUCUAUUUUUGUCUCUCUCUCUCUCUUUCAUUCCUUUCUAUUUUGUCUCUCUCUCUCUUUUCAUUCCUUUCUAUUUUUCUCUCUCUCUCUCUCUUCAUUCCUUUCUUUUUGUCUCUCUCUCUCUCCUUUUCCUUUUAUUUUGUCUCUCUCUCUCUCUCUCUCUCUUCAUUCCUUUUCUAUUUUGUCUCUCUCUCUCUUCAUUCCUUUCUAUUUUUUGUCUCUCUCUCUCUCUCUCUCUCUUCAUUCCUUUCUAUUUUUGUCUCUCUCUCUCUCUCUCUUCAUUCCUUUCUAUUUUUGUCUCUCUCUCUCUCUCUUCAUUCCUUUCUAUUUUUGUCUCUCUCUCUCUUCAUUCCUUUCUAUUUUGUCUCUCUCUCUCUCUCUUCAUUUCCUUUCUAUUUUUUCUCUCUCUCUCUCUCUCUUCAUUCCUUUCUAUUUUUGUCUCUCUCUCUCUCUCUUCAUUCCUUUCUAUUUUUUCUCUCUCUCUCUCUCUCUUCAUUCCUUUCUAUUUUUGUCUCUCUCUCUCUCUCUCUUUUCAUUCCUUUCUAUUUUUGUCUCUCUCUCUCUUUUCAUUCCUUUCUAUUUUUGUCUCUCUCUCUCUUUUCAUUCCUUUCUAUUUUUGUCUCUCUCUCUUUUCAUUCCUUUCUAUUUUUGUCUCUCUCUUUUCAUUCCUUUCUAUUUUUGUCUCUCUCUUGUCAUUCCUUUCUAUUUUUGUCUCUCUCUUGUCAUUCCUUUCUAUUUUUGUCUCUCUCUCUCUCUCUUUGUCAUUCCUUUCUAUUUUUGUCUCUCUCUCUCUUUUCAUUCCUUUCUCUUUGUGCCUAUCUCUCUUUUCAUUCCUUUCUCUUUGUGCCUAUCUCUCUUUUCAUUCCUUUCUCUUUGUGCCUAUCUCUCUUUUCAUUCCUUUCUCUUUGUGCCUCUCUCUCUUUUCAUUCCUUUCUAUUUUUGUCUCUCUCUUUGCAUUCUUUCUUUCCCUUUCUCUGUUUCUUUUCACUCUACUCUCUUUUUAUCACUUUCUAGUUUUCUCUCUCUCUCUCUCUCUCUCUUUGAUUUUCUCUUUCAUUUGCUUUGA